AUGCCAUCAUCACCUUCCACUAUUAGCUUAAAUACAGAAUCACACUUACCAGCUUUGAAUGUUGCGCGGGAGGCGAAUGCCUUUUUGCCCGCGUCCACCAAGGCUGGAAAACCGAGAGUUCGCAUGAGAUGGAGCAAAGAGGUAAACUCAUUUAUCAUGCGAACAUAUUACUAUAUUACCAAUUUAGAGACUGACAUGACCACAUAUAGACAGAAGAUGCAUGAACUUUUUACACAAGAAUACCCAGGGAUUACGGUUACAGAACAGCGAAUUUCCGAUCAGAGAAGAACUAUAGUAAAAAACAAACUACUAACCGAAGACGAAUUGAACCGAUUAAAAGAAGAAGCACGUAUACAGCUACAACAACACGACGUUACUACACCAUUACCCCGAAAUCCGUCUCAUUCAGAAUUUCACUCUCAAACAGAAUCUUUUACAAUACCAAACACACAAAACACACACACAUCAGAUAUGUCAACACAAACUGAAUCUGUAACGAUAAUAUUAGAAAACGAAGUUAAUACUUUAAACGCACAAAAUCCGAUUACUGAAACGUACAUACAAGAAAUAUAUGAUAAAUUUAGUACAACUUUAUUGCAAUACUCAGGAACGGAUCCACUAAUACGUCCUCGACUUCCUAAAAUAAAAUAUAGCCCACAACUCUACAAUUUAAUUCAAAUAUUUAACCAAAACAUAUUAAAUAGAUUUAUUUCAGAAGAUACACAGCUAAUAGACAUACAUACCCUCAUAUACUGUACAGCAUUAGUAAUAACAGAAGAAGUAAAUCCUAAACAAAUAGAAAAUAUGCAACGCACAAAAACUAAGCAAACUAAUAAACCACCGUGGCAACAAAGACUCGAAAAAGAUAUCGAAAAACUCAGAGCGGACUGCGGUAGACUAACUCAGUAUAUUUACAAUAAUAAUAGAUCAAAUAAAGUAGUAAAAAGAGUAGAAGAAAUAUUCCAAAAUUGUAUUAUACACACUAAACAUGACAAAAAUAAUAGAAAGCCAGAAGAAUAUUUGGACACGUUAAAACAAAAACUCGCUCUUAAAGUUCAUAGACUCCGAAGAUACAAAAAAGCACAACAGCGAAGAAAUGAUAACGCCAUCUUUACAACGAAUGAAAAACUCUUCUAUAGAAAUUUACAAAAACCACAUACUCCCACUAACACAGUAACUGACAGGAACACAGACGUACCUACUAAACAAGAUCUAGAAGUAUUUUGGUCUGGUAUAUGGGAAGAACAGGUAAGCCAUAAUUCAAAAGCAUUAUGGAUAAAUGACGAAAAAAUAGAAUUUAGUAUAAUAAAAGAGAUGGAAUUUGUAGAGGUAACCGAAACAGAUAUAAAAAACAUAACAGCAAAAUUACACAACUGGAAAUCACCAGGCAUUGACAAGAUACACAACUUCUGGUAUAAAAAAUUAACAUUACAUAAAUGCAUAGCGAAAAAUCUAACACAUGUCGUAUUAGGACAACAGAAAAUACCCGAAUUCAUGACAAUAGGAAUAACUUACAUGCUACCAAAAACCAAACACUCACCACAACCUUCCCAAUACAGACCAAUCACAUGCCUACCUACAAUAUACAAAAUCUUAACAUCAGCCAUUACAAACAAAAUUAACACACACAUAGAACAACACAAUAUAAUAGCAGAAGAACAAAAGGGGUGCAGGCGGGCCCAUAUGGGAUGCAAGGAACAAUUAGUUAUUGAUUCCACAAUUCACAAACAUGCUGCCACAAAAAAUAGAAAUCUCCAUUGCACUUAUAUAGAUUAUCAGAAAGCUUUUGAUAGUAUUCCACACUCUUGGUUAAUUCAAAUAUUAGAAAUAUAUAAGAUAAACCCAAAAAUAAUAGACUUCUUGCGUAAAAUAAUGUCAUACUGGAAAACAACACUACAUCUUAACUAUGGCCAAAAUACUAUCGUUACACGACAGAUACAGAUUAAGAAAGGGAUCUAUCAAGGUGAUUCCUUGAGUCCCCUAUGGUUCUGCCUCGCCCUUAACCCCUUAUCGCAUCUAUUACACCGUUGUCGAAUUGACUAG